UGGCCAAGAACCACGGAGAUACCAAAAUGGAAAGACCAACACCCAACAACAUCAACAAACUCACAAACUAACCCCCGAUUAAAUCGAUCAGAAGAAAACGAAAACGAAAAAAAACAAACAAAAAAAAACAAGAAGAAGAAGAAGACAAAGAAAACAUGGACACAACAACAAACCAUCAAGACCUCGAACAAGACUCAUCUCCACCACCACACUCACCAGCUAGCAUCAUGAGCAGCUCAAGUUCAACAACUCAAGGACAUCGAAGACACAACCUGAACCCAAAGAACUCAAACCUAGCCAUCCCACUCAACAACCAGAAUGAACUGCCCCCAUUACUACAGCCACCACCAACAGACCACCACCACUACCACCAUCAACACCAACACCACCACUGCUCAUCUACUACUCCCCACUCAGCCUUCGAAGCCAUCCUAGCUGAACCCUACCAUCACUCAGAAGGAGAUUCACUUCACUCGGCAGCUAACUCGCUCUACUAUGCUCACAGUCGAAACCACUCCAUACAACAGUCUCAAGACAGUCACCAGUCUAACAGCCUCAAUAACUCAUCUCACGAAAACACUCCUUCUACCUCAAAACUCAUCAAGCCAAACGGACGUCCCAAAGUUAACACACUCCCUCCUUGGGCAAAGAGCCACGAUGACGAUGACCUGCUCUUUCAACCAUUACCCACCCCACCCACACCUGCCCUGAAACCAUCAAGCACACCGCGCUCAGAUCAUUCUGACUUCUUCCCUCAACGCACAUGGCCCCAGUCUCCUCAACCACUAGAGCAACCCCUGCCGGAUCACUCCAAAACUCUCACCAUCUCAAAAUUCCCCCGCUAUUCUGUAUCCAACUCGACCCUCGUACCCGAUUCACCUUCUACCGGACGCCAAUGGACUAUCACCCAGGAUCAGGUGGACAAUCUCCGGCUCAAUACCCAUCUGCAGACUUCUUCUACCGACCGUUUCCAUAAACGGGGUUCCCCACAGCCAAACUCAGCCACCAAUGCUCCUGGAAACGCUGGACCAAGCUCGACUCGUCGGUCGUUAUAUCGCGCAAUGACCACCCCUUCACCCGUGUUCCAGCGAUUCCGGCCGUUGAUUAUGGUUAAUGGGCAGAGAAAACGGAUGACGGAAGAUAGUCUGAAUAACCCAGCGGAAGGAGCGGCCGCAGAAGAUGACGAUGAUCACGAGCGGGACCUCGAAGAAGGUAAACAGACGCCCAGUAGUCCAGCCCACCAACGGCUCGGGCAUCACCAACAUCCGCCUGAUGACCGGUGGUGGCAGUUCACUCUGCCCACGAAGUAUCGCCGUAAGGUCGAGGAGUAUCUGAGUCGCCAGAGUAUUGGAGGGGUCGGCCAGGACGAUGAGGAGGAUGAGGAUCGCAGGCUUGGCCAGCACUCUUCCCUGGUGUCUCCCCGUGUAGAGAUGGUCGAAAUCGACGAAGACCGCCGGAAGAUCCUGGCCCUGCUCAAACGCCAUGCUACCCCUCAUGGCACCCGGUACUCUUCGAUCGACUCCAACGACCCCCACUUCGAUCUCCAUCGAUAUGGCGCCUUGCCCGGCAUCUCGCCGCUCUAUAAACCCGCCAAUCAGGACCAUGUCUUGGCCCUCGAAUCUCACCAUCCGCCAACCGACUUCCCGUUGUCCGCGUUCUCGAGGAAGAUGUCAUUGACCCCGUCUCAACAACAACACAUGAAUGACCGGUCCAAAAACUCGCGGAAACUCGGCCAACAAAACCCACAAGCUGUCGGCUUUGUCGAGAGUUUUGAUAGUUCCAAUGACCCUCAUCAUCAUCAUCCUCACCAUUCCAAGAAAAACCCAUAUCUGAAUUCCUUACAAAUGACAACAACGAUGACUAGUCACCAAGAUCACCGAAGCAGAGUGGCCCGGAUCGGCUCUUAUUUCAUGCACCAUCCCACAGCUCCCUUGGUUUGUAGACUGCUCAACUUGGUCCUCACCGCCAUCGCCUUGGGACUCUGUGCGACUAUCCAUAAGGCCCAGGUCGCCGGUAACGUCGUCGGCGUCCUUGGCGCUAGCACUGUCUUUCUGCUCGUCGCUGCGCCACUGGGUUUGGUCCAUAAUUUGUUCGCUAUUUAUUGCGAAUAUUUUGGAGCGCCGAUUGGAAUCUGGAGUGUCAGUUGGAAGAUGUUCCACACCUUAUCCGAGCUAGUGUUUGUCUCCUUAUGGUCAGCGGGUUUAGCAUUGACGAUGAACGACGAGCUGCGGAGUCCGUUACGCUGUCAAAGUCCUACUAUCACGCCACUCAACCAGUCGAAUAACGGGAUCCCAACCGAACUGGCGGCCCGGUUGACGUCGAUCAGAGCUAGUCCGGACGCCGUCGCUCAAAUCGUCAAGAUCACCACCGACUAUCAGCACUCUCUUUACGCGUCCGCUGAGGUCCCGAACUUCGCUAACCUCUCCCCUCAGCUCGUCACUCAACUUUGCCAUCUGCAGGCCUCACUAGUCUCCAUCAUCUUCGCGGGACUCGCCCUCUAUACGCUCGUCCUCGUCGUCAGUCUUUUUAGAAUCUUCAUCAAGGUUUCAAGAAAGUAUUGAUAAUCAUUUUCUUCGUCUUUUCUCGGGUUUGUUUUAAUAUAUAUUUAUAUAUUGGACAGGUUUUUUUUUGGGGGGGGGGUGUUGGCCGUUUCGUAUUCAAUCAAUCUUUACAUCUUUGGUUUUCAAAUAAACACGACUAUCUUAUCAUUAUCAUUAUCAUUCGUAUUACUAUUAUUAUUAUCUUUUUGAUCCGUCCUUAUUUUGAUGUUAUAUAAUUCAACACAUCCAUCACCUUAUCAUCGUUUUUUUUUCAAGUCUUCUUUACAAUUAUCUCCAUCAUCCAUCCAAUCGUUACAUCACCCUCUCUACAGAACUCAUUCUUUGAUCCAAUCACUUCAAGUCAUCAACACAUACACAUACUUUCCCACUUGCUCUCGUUUGAUUUUCAUUUUUUGGGGGGGCUCCCAGUCCAAUUACUUUCUUUCUUUCAAGCUCCUCGCUUCGUCCUCCUUUCACCAUCACAUUCUUUCCCCUCCCCCUUCCCCUCUCUCUCUUAAUGUCUUCUCUUUAUGGGCCUUUUCCAUGUCUUUUCUUUUUCCCAUGGCUGUACAAAAAAAAACUUUCCCCUUUUUGUUUGUUGUUCUUAUGGGAGAAGAAUCAUUUUUUUAGUUUUUGUGUUUCUUGUUGUUUUUUAUGUGUGCUUGCUUUGUUUGUAAAGAUAGAUAUUGAUUUCUUAGAUACCAUAAUGAUCAUCUACAUAUACAUAUAUA